GAGAAGAAACAGAGGGAGGUCCCUAUAAUGUUUAGAAGCUCGAGGACUGAGCACGAGACCGCGUUCUGCUCUGCUGCGGCGUCUGCGCAUACGCGGAACAUAAAGGGGAAGAGAGCGGAGAAGAUUAUCAUAUUUCGAGUAUUUACUGUAGAAAGAAGUUUCCUCCUCGGUGGAACAAAAGACAAACAUACAGACAAACUGUUGGUUCACCUCCAGUGAUGUCUUCCCCGUGGUGGGAGCAGUGGCCCCUGCUGGCCUCAAAUGGUACCUCUCCCUUCGCGGACAACAAAAGCUGCUUCAGCGCCACACAGAGCACCGUACUCAAGGGAGUCGGCUUUGGAGGAGUGCCAGUUGUGCUCCUGCUCGAUUUCUCUGUCUUUCUGGUGUUGCUGAUUGUCUUCUCUAUUAUCAGGAGGAAUUUCUGGGACUAUGGGCGUCUGGCAUUAGUUGCAGACAACGAAGGGUUCACUGAGUCAGCACACCGUCGAUAUGGACACAAGUCAUCGCUACUGUCCAGUACGGAUGACCUUGAGUAUGAAUUGGGAUUCUGCUCAUGGCUGCCGUACAUCCUCAGAAUGGAUGAGGCAAAAAUAAAAGCCAGAUGUGGCAUUGAUGCAGUUCACUACCUGUCCUUCCAGCGUCAUCUGAUCUUCCUGCUGAUAGUCAUAACUAUCACCUCCCUCUCAAUCAUACUGCCCGUCAACAUGACUGGAGACCUGCUGGAUAAUAAUUUACAGAGUUUUGGAAGGACAACUGUGGGGAAUCUUCAAAAUGGAAGCCCCCUGCUAUGGCUGCAUACAGUGUUUGCAGUUCUGUACCUGAUCCUGACUGUUGUUGUGCUGCGUCAUCACACAUCACAAAUGAAAGGCGUGCGCAGAGAGACGACCAGAAACACUUUGUUUGUGUGUUCAGUCCCUAAAAGUGCAACGGAUGAAGAUGUAAAGAAACAUUUCACGGAGGCGUACCCUUCCUGUCGAGUGUGUGCUGUGACCCUGGGCUAUAACGUGGCCAAGCUCAUGCACCUUGACAAAGAAAAGCUGCGAGCAGGAAAAAACCUACGCUACUACGAGCGUGCCCAAGAGGCAACAGGGAAACUUGAGUUGAUUAACCCUCGUUUGUGUGGUCACCUCUGCUGCUGCGCCUCUGAGAAGGUUGAUGCCAUAGAGUUCUACAGUACCAAAGAAAAAGACCUACUGGAGGAGGUGAGGAAGCAGGCAGAACUGGUGCCAGAGCGCCCCCUGGGGAUGGCCUUCGUCACCUUGCAGACCGAGGCUAUGGCCAAGUACAUUUUGAAAGACUUCAAUGCACUCAAGUGUGGAGGCACAAGCUGCUUCUGCGGGAGGACGCCCCAACCUUCAUUCAACAGUGGAAGUCUGAAAGUGAACAAGUGGAGUGUCAGCUUUGCACACCAUCCCAAAAAUGUGUUCUGGGAAAAUCUGUCAGUGCGGGGUUUCCCUUGGUACAUGCGCUAUUUGAUGCUCAACUUCUUCCUUUUCUUCCUGCUCACCUUCCUCACGACUCCCACCAUCAUUAUCAACACCAUUGACAAGUUCAACGUGACUAUGCCCAUCUACUAUCUCAAUAGUCCUAUCAUCAGCCAGUUCUUCCCCACUCUCCUGCUGUGGUCCUUCUCUGCAUUGCUGCCUACCAUAGUUUACUAUUCUACAAUAGGAGAGGCACACUGGAGCAGGUCCAGUGAGCAGCUGAGCAUGAUGCGUAAACUGUACUUCUUCCUGCUCUUCAUGGUGCUAAUCCUCCCUUCGCUGGGACUCACCAGUCUUGCAUUGUUUUUCCGCUGGCUGUUUGAUAAAGAGUUUCUCGCAGAUGGGAAACUGAGGUUUGAGUGUGUGUUCUUACCUGACCAGGGGGCGUUUUUUGUCAACUAUGUGAUCACAGCGGCCCUGGUGGGCUCUGGGAUGGAGUUGCUGCGGUUGCCAGGGUUACUGCUUUACAGCAUUCGCAUGGUGUUUGCUCGCUCUGCUGCUGAAAGGAAAUAUGUCAAACAGAAUCAGGCCUAUGAGUUUGAAUAUGGAGCCGUGUAUGGCUGGUCGCUGUGUGUCUUCACUGUCAUCAUGGCUUACAGCAUCAUAUGUCCUAUUAUUGUGCCUUUUGGUCUCCUGUACAUGAUGCUGAAGCACCUGGUGGACAAACACAACAUGUACUUUGCCUACCUGCCUGCUCGUCUAGACCGCCAGGUCCACCUGGGAGCUGUCAAUCAAGCUUUGGCCGCACCCAUCAUCUGCCUAAUAUGGCUUUACUUCUUCUCUGUCCUCAGAGCAGGUUUCUGGACUGCCACGUCUCUGUUCACCCUGGUGGCCCUGUGUCUCGCUGUCUUCAUCUGCGUCAGCUACACCUGCUUUGGCCUUUUCAAGUACCUCAGUCCACACAACUAUGAGGUGAAAGAGGAGGAUGAGGACACAAAGGAGGAAGUGGAAGAAAACACCAUGCUAUACCUUCCCAGAGUGCUCAAUCACAAAUCACCUGCCCGCACACAACAGGAGUCGAAGCUUCCACAGUCUUACGGCUCUACAGAGGGAAGCCCGGUCCACUGUUCUAGCCCGUCAGAUGGCUGAAUCGGUGUAUUUUCAACACUUUGUCAAAGCUUUGGAGUCGGGAUGCCCACGACUCCUGAUCGUAAAAUCUGCUUUUCUUCACUAUAACUUCAGCAUUGAAGUCAGAGUUUGAAUGCCCUUUUAUUCUCAGAUACAGCCGCUCCCUUUUGAGAGAAAGUCCCCAGGUGGUACAAGAGGAAAAACGUGCAAUAGAUUCAGCUGUGGUGCCCAAUACUAGUCCAACUUUCUAAACUUCUGCUUUUGGAAAGAGUUGAGUUAAAGGUACCAUUGAGGGACAAUGUGUUGAAUCAGAAUUGCUUCCUACGGGAAAGAAGGCAAAUAGGAAUGUAUUUGAUAUCAUUAUACAUAUUAUAUCGGAUCAUUACUUGCACUUGAUCAGCCCACCCAGUCUAUUUCAAUCGUAUAUCGUCAUAGUGCACAGUAAAUUUGUGUGUUUCCUGUAUGAGAAUAAAUUCAUCAAGGAAUGUUUAGCCAAAACCUGCCAUUUCAAAUAAACUAGAUCCAUUUCUUGCACAUGCUGAAGCGAAUUAUGCAAGUAUUAACAGAACCUGACCCGCAACACUGGUGCCAAAGAGGAUGAACGAGCAGAGCGUCCGAUUGUUACAGUUCCGAUUUCUUCACGGUGCCUGUUUUGAUGCCAGAGGACAACACCUGCCAAGGAAAUAACUUAUUGCCUCAUGUUCAUAAUGCACUUUUUGUAUCAAGAGAGGCCCGUUUUGUGUUGAGUAAGUGAAUCUUAAUGCUGGCUUGUGUAAUUAGACAAGAGAAAAAGAAUGUAUAUCAGUAUUGCAGGAAUUUACCAAAUCAAAUUUUCUUUUUUUUUUAUCCACACAUGUCAAUUAUAUAAUGGUAAGUCAUUAUUUUCUAUUAUUUAAGAUAAGACAAUCAUACUGUUCCAUUAAUGCAGGAAUGUUUUAAACAGGUUAACAUUUAUUUGUAUUUAAUGUACUUUGAUGGUAUGUUUUUGCUGUUUUUAAAUUAAUAAAUCCUCAAGGCAAACUUGUAACUGUA